AUGCUACGCAUCUGCACUCACGGAGGAAAUUACCGGGAUUUCCUAAGAAAUGGAGCCAUCUAUCUGGUUAGAUUGAGAGCUUUAUCGUCUACGUCGUCCUCUUUAGUAACAUGUAGCUCCGUUAGUGAUAAAAUAAAAAAUGCGUUAUCACAAAAAGAAGUGGCUCGAUUACUACAAAAAGAUGUUAGUUUUGAUCAAAAAUUUAUGGAACGAGUUAGAGAAACCGUUGCUUGGUUUGCGACCCCAAAAGGAUUCAAGAAGUUCUUUGAUACUGAUGAUAGCAAGACUGAUAAAAAGGAGGAGAAGGAAAAGUCUUCUACAGAUGAUAAAUCAAAAUCAUCAGAUAAGAAGAGCAAAGGUAGCAAAGGCAGUCCCGGUGGUCCUCUCGACCAGUUCCCUGGUACUUGGCAACAAAUAGCAUUUACUGUCGGUCUUAUAUUCGCUCUUUAUCUAUUUAUGGAUUACCAGUCAUAUAGAGAGAUUUCUUGGAAGGAAUUCUUUCACGAAUUCCUUGAACCCGGCAUUGUUGAUCGACUAGAAGUUGUCGACAAAAGAUGGGUCCGCAUUGUUUCCUCCGCGAAAAAUACUGGGGUAAGGCAUUUUGGCAUAAAGUGGAUCCUCCAUUCCUUCAAUUUAAUUUUUCAUUUGUGUUAAUU